UCUGGGUAGCCGGUGCGGAAGGGUCCGGCCCGGCCCAGGUCGGAACAAAGCGUCGGCGACGCAGCAGGCCCAGCAUGGCGGCGCGGCCGGCCCGGCUCCGCCUGUGGAUGCUCCUGCAUCUGCUGCCGCAGGUGUACUGUGAGUAUGGGAUGGUACAUGUCCUUUCAGAGAAGGGGAGCAACAAAGGAAAAGACUAUUGUAUUCUCUUCAACUCUCAGUGGGCCCAUUUGCCACAUGAUCUGGGUAAAGCUUCACUCUUGCAAUUGCAGGAUCAGACAGCAUCUGUUUUGUGUUCUCCUUCUGAUGUACCUGAUGGGGGAUUUAAUAAUCAAAUACCCAUGGUGAUGCGAGGAAAUUGCACCUUCUAUGAAAAAGUGAGGCUUGCUCAGAUAAAUGGAGCUCGUGGUCUGCUGAUUGUUAGUAGAGAGAGACUGGUUCCUCCUGGAGGUAAUAGGAGUCAGUAUGAAGAGAUUGAUAUUCCUGUGGCUCUGCUUAGCUAUACUGAUAUGUUAGAUAUUGGCAAGAGUUUUGGCAGCUCAGUGAAAGGAGCAAUGUAUGCACCAAAUGAGCCUGUGCUGGACUACAACAUGGUGAUAAUCUUUGUCAUGGCCGUGGGGACUGUUGCAAUUGGAGGCUACUGGGCAGGAAGCAGAGAUGUGAAAAAGAGGUACAUGAAACACAAGCGUGAUGAUGGGGCGGAGAAACAUGAUGAUGAAACAGUGGAUGUGACUCCCAUAAUGAUCUGUGUGUUUGUAGUGAUGUGCUGCUCAAUGCUCGUCCUCCUUUAUUUCUUCUAUGACCACUUAGUCUAUGUUAUAAUAGGAAUAUUCUGCUUGGCUGCCUCGAUUGGUCUUUACAGUUGUCUGUCUCCCUUUGUAAGAAGAUUCCCCUUGGGAAAGUGUAGAAUCCCAGACAACAACUUGCCUUAUUUUCACAAGCGUCCCCAGGUCCGGAUGUUGCUCUUGGCAGUAUUUUGUAUCUCUGUCAGUGUAGUCUGGGGAAUCUUCAGAAAUGAAGAUCAGUGGGCCUGGGUUCUGCAAGAUGCUUUAGGAAUUGCUUUCUGUCUUUACAUGUUGAAAACAAUUCGCCUGCCUACAUUUAAGGGUUGUACCUUACUCCUCCUGGUUCUUUUUGUGUAUGAUGUAUUCUUUGUAUUUAUCACACCUUUUCUAACAAAGACUGGGGAGAGUAUAAUGGUGGAGGUGGCUGCAGGCCCAUCUGAUUCUGCCACUCAUGAAAAGCUCCCAAUGGUCCUGAAGGUUCCACGGCUGAAUUCCUCACCAUUGGCUCUAUGUGACAGGCCUUUUUCUCUCCUAGGAUUCGGAGACAUUUUAGUUCCAGGCUUACUGGUAGCCUAUUGCCAUAGAUUUGAUAUUCAGGUGCAGUCAUCCAGAGUCUAUUUUGUAGCCUGCACAAUAGCUUAUGGCAUAGGCCUUCUUGUGACCUUUGUUGCCUUGGCACUGAUGCAGAUGGGCCAGCCUGCUCUCCUCUACCUGGUGCCCUGUACUCUCCUCACCAGCUUCGUGGUGGCCCUUUGGAGAAGGGAGCUUGCCAUGUUCUGGACGGGCAGCGGCUUUGCGAAAGACCUACCUCAGCCUCCUGUGGUGAUAGCUCCAGUCAACUGCCCUCAGCUUCCCAAAGACAGCAGUGUACCAUCUUCUCAACAAGACGCAGAACAAAUGACCAGUCCCACCCUCCACGUGAAGGAGCUGCACAGCUCCGCCUCGACUGAAGAGGGAUUGGCUGAUACCAGCACAAAGACAGAUCAGUCAGAAAUCUCUAUUGCCCACAGUGAGGAACCAACUGCUCAGAAUAAGGAUGACCUUGAAAACAAAUGCCUAAAUGCAGAACAAAACCAGUUGGAAUAAGUGAUGUGAUUAAGAACUCCUUCUUUUCCUCACAAACAUAUCUAUAUAAAACCAGUAUGUAUUCAGGACUGAUUUAGUAGGGUUUGCUUUCUUUGAGGAACCUCAGUAGGAGUCUGAUCAUCAAAUCCAACAAGGAAUGUUCUGUCUCCAGCUUUGGUACAGCUAUAUACUUUAAAACAUCUUUCUGAAAUAUGGUGCUCUCCAGGAGUUCUGACGUGUGGGUUUCAAUGAUCACUGUUAGUGAAUGCCUUUGACCAUUUGUUCCAUUUGCAUUAUAGCAGGGUAGCAUCAAGAGUCUAUUUACUCAGUACUUGGUGCUUGUGUGGUUGUUAUGCUGCUUUACCAUGGUGUAGGUUAACACAGUGGAAGAGCAUUGAACGAGUCUGCUACAAUGCUUACUUGAGAGAAACACAGUCUCUUUUUAUUUUUUUUUUUUUUGGCACUUUCCCUAUUGUCACCAUUUAUUUUACCUCUCCUGACUUGUCAAAGCCAUUGAUAUAAUGGAAUGCAUUAUUAUAAACUGACAUUCAGAAAAUGCAGAGAAUGGUUAAAUUAUCAUUACUCCAAAAGGCUUUAUGCUACCAUGGUGCAUUAAAUGCAUCUUUUAACUUUUGUCUUUGUUUUUACUUCUAGGUACCUGGGCUACUAGUCUAGUUUAAAAGGCAGGAUGAGUAGAGCUCCAGGAAGCUUUCUAGGCAUUCUUGUGAACUCUAAGGGCUCUGAUAAUAAGCAGGGUUGGUCACUGCCUGGAAGCAAAUGCAUAUUAGGAAUGUUUAGAAAUAAUAUAUAAACCAAAUAGGUAAAAAAAAAAUUAGGUAGUAGCACUAUACUAAGCUUAACAGGCAGAUAAAUGUUAAAGGCAGGAAAAUGUUAAAGCGCAAAUGUUCGUAUGUUUGGGGCUUUGAGCUUCUAUUUGUUGUUCAUUCAAGGAAUAUAGUUGUGAUUUCUGAUUCUGAAGAAAAUAGUUUGUUUUAUCGUUUCCAAUGGAGCACAUGCGAUGCUAGAGACAGUUGUGAUUUAAAAGCUACUUGCUGCUCAGUAACUUACCAACUGCCUAAGUCAUGUUUUGUCUUUUUCUCAAGAGCAGCCAAAGCGUAGUCUGUCAGGUUCUGGAAUGAGCCUGGGAGCUCAACUGUUAUUUUGCAUCUCUUGCUACAUUGUGAAGGAAUUUGUGAAUUUAAAAAUUUUUGAGUGCAGCUGGUCUUACUUCAGAUUCCUGAAAUUGUGUGUUUUCCUGUAUAACCCAAUUGAGUCUUUUAUGCAUCAGCUUUUGUACCUGGAAAGAUUAUGAGAUUUGCGUAUUACUUGUCUAUCUAAGUAUAUUCGACUUUAUCAGAGGAGUAUGUUCUGCACUUAAGCUGCAGUUACAGAAAGCCUCAAACUCUUCACUUGAAAACUGAAAUAGAAAAUUGAAGUAUUAUUGGAUCCUUGGAUAUGAUUCCAGAUUGCAUGGAAGAAAUACUCUUGAGUAUUUGAGAGCCCAAAAUGUCAUUUACAAAAGCAUUGUUGCAGUGAUGCAAUUAGAGGCAUUACUGUUAAAUUGAGAGUCUCCAUUUGGCAUGUUGAAUUGGAGUUGAAGGGCUCUCUUUUCAAGUCUGUCUGUUAAAUAUCAGCCAUUAUCUUUUUGGCUAGGUCUUCCAAAAGUUUGCCUUGUGCUUUUUGGAUGAAAGCUUCUGUGGGCAGUGUGGGCAUUCUUUCUCUAGAAUGUGAGGAGCUUUACCUAAAACCACACUCUGGCUUCAGACUUUUACCAGCUCCUGCUUAGAGCGUUGAACCUUGUCUGAUAGGAUGAUUUAUUAAAUUUUCUGGAAGGCUCCCUGAGUCCAGUGGCCAACACUACAUUUAAUUUACAAAUUGCCCUAAUGGAAGAUAUUGCAAGAGUGAUCUGGUUUUCUAUCUCCUCUUUAAUGGACCGUUUCUUUGGCCAGAAGUAACCUGAACCAGUUAUUACUAAUAAAAAGCGACAGAAACAUUUUACUGAAAACUUCAGUCAGCUGGAUUAUGCCUUAAGUCAUUGUGUAGUAACAAAGAACUGACUGUGUCACCUUAUGGAUCCCUUCCUGUGCCGACACUAGGAGAGAGCCAUUGCAAAGACCAAGGGAAAAAGCGAGUUUGUUUCCAAGUAGUAAAAACCAUUUUUGUCAAACAUUUCUAUUUUUCUGAAACUGUACGUCUUACCUUAGUACAUGCAUCAGAUUUUCAGUUCAGUCUGGGUGGCCUUUUCCCACCCUAUGUCUGUAUGGAUCUUUAUGGUUUUGAUUCCAGCCUUCCUUCUGGCUGAAUUACAGCCUUGUUAUCCAAUUGCACAGCACAUCAUAAUAUAUAUUUUUUUAUAUGUAUAUACAUUGUAAUACAUAGGAUUUCCAGUUACCAGAUGUAGAUUAGCUUUCCUUCUGUAAUGUAACAUGGAAAAAACUCUAUUUCAAAAUUAACAGUGAUGGCAGAAUCUUAAGACAAAGAGAUCAGAAAUAUCCCAAGGGUUUCUGCAGAAUGAAUUUUCUACAGAAUACUGAAACAUGUUUCAGGCAUACGUAGAUACAAUGAAAGAAAACAAACUUGAAAAUGACUGGUCAGCUAGUCAAAUUGCAGUAGUUUGGUUUUUUCCUCUUGUUUUGCUUUUAAAAAACAUUGGAAUUUCCUUUAGUCUGUUUGAGUUUAAAACUGUAUAAAUUUUCUAAAAGUGUCAAAUAAAGAUACUUAAUUUUUGAA